GGGUGUCUUCGAUGCGCCGCGGAGGCAGCGGCGACGGUGGCGGAGACUGGGGGUCCUCGGGGCUGAAGGCUGCGGGCGCGGCUCUGCCUGCUCACCUGACGGCGGGGCUGGUGCGGUGCCCGCGGGCCUGGGCGUGGGGCGGUGCGCACUGCGCGCCGCCUCCCGCUCUAUGGGUCGCAGGGUCACCCGAGCUGUGCCUCCUGCCGGUGUUCCCGCAACCACCGCCGCCGUCACCCGGGACAAAGCGGCUCCGGGGAGGGGCCGAGCCGGCGGCUCUCGCCCUAGCCAGUGGAGAUGGGCGCGCCCCCAGCUCCGACUCAUCGGGCCAACCUCCAAUCAGACCCCAGGGAAGCCAAAGCCCCUGCCUGGCCUCCUCUGGUCGCCUCCCUCCUGACCAGGAGCCCUUCUGGGUCCCCCACCCACCUCCACCUCCUGGGCUCCCACCCUGCGCUCAGCUGCACACCCCUCCUCUGCGAUCGCGGGGCGAGCUCGACCCUUUGCAGGAAUCUGACACAGAAGCCUGUUCCUAAAGGCAUUGCCUUUCCAAAAAGAGACUCGCGGGUCACUUGCCCGAGUGAGGGCCUUUUUUGAGGGUUAAGGGGGGGAAGGGUCGCUCCUGGAGCUAAGCAGCUUCAUACAAGAACACCAAAAGUAAUUGGGCAGCGAAGAAAUUGUGGUGGACAGGACCAGGAGAUUGUUUUCUUACAGGUCGACCUCUGGCUAGCUAACUGGGGAACUGUCUGGAAGCCACUCUUCAGUGCUCAAGAGCUUCUGUGCUUGGUGGGAGCUGGCGCCCUCUGGCUGGGGCCCUGAGUGCGCCCUGCCCACAUCAAUGAAAGUGCCCUGAGCUGAGCGGGCUUAAUGGCUUUGCCAAGGCAAGGACCGAGGGACAUAGGAGGACUUGAGCUUUCCAGGAUUUCUAUUGUGUGAGAGCCUGAAACUUUAGGAAAUGGGAGGCCUGUAUUCCAGAGGUAAAGGAGGGCUGGAAGUGAAACCGAAUCGGAAAGAUUUACUUCUCCCCAAAAUGAACCACUUGAAGAUUCUGCAAAAUUAAGCAACGCUAGGACAAGGAAGCCCGUGGCUAGCCGUGGCACAGAUGAGGACAGGACCGAACCUCCUGGCAAGUUAACAGCAGUUACACAAAACUUUAGCGUAUGGAGACCAUGGAAACUGAAGAAGGGUAGCUCAGACCAAUCUGAAAGAGGAGAGAAUCUCAGAUAGAAAUCAAUCCGUGGAACUGAGCAUGAAAGGGAACACACUCUUGAGUACUGAGCAUGGAGCACCUCUGCAAGAAGAAGCCAGAGAAUCAGGGACAAGUUGGCUGGUCUUCUUGGAAACUCUUGAUAGCUCUCAACUGCUCAAGUGACUUUCCUGGAAACAAUGAAUAAAGGGAAACACACAUAUGCCCAGAAAAGUUAAUUAAUUAAUUAAUUAGUAGAAGAUCGGAAGGACAAGUAUGUUGCUAACAGCUCAAGAAAUAUCUAUUCCUAGUACAACAACCAAAGAAAGAUCGGAGAGAUUGCACUGAUUAGUCAGAGGAAACAGCUGAAGAAGCCAGCCAGACAUCACAGCAAGAGGACAUCAGAAAGGACUUCUCCAGGCUCUCGAACUCAUCUUAAGUGAUGUGGGAGAGAGUUGGCAUGGCAGGUCCUGUUCUGCUCCAGACGGAACCCUGGAGAAUAGAGGACUCGUUCUUCAUUAGUAAAUCUUAUCUACAUGGCAAGAAGCCAGAUGCAAAACUGAAGUCAUUUUUUAUUUCAUUAAAAAGCCACAGCUGCUGGGGUCUCUGUCUGCAAAUUCUGC